UCGUCACAGCUAAAUUCUCAGACCAAGUAAUCUGUGGUUGUGGUAUCUAUGUCCAACUGAUAACUGUGCAUUUUACAGGUUAUUCCCAUUAAUCCUGAUCACUUGAAUUCAAAUAGGUACUCAAAAUGCCAAAGAAAAAAACAGGUCAACGUAAAAAAGCGGAAAAGCAAAAGUUGAGACAAAAAGAAAUCCGAACAGCUCGUGAAAAUGUCGCUUUAGCUGCACAUCCUUCUAAUGCACCCAUGGAAUGCGAACAAUGUCAUAGGAAGCAAAAAAACAGGGCUUUCUGCUAUUUUUGUUCCAAUGUCCAAAGAUUACCAGUAUGCGCUCACUGUGGUAAAAUGAAAUGCAUGCUCAAAACAGGAGAUUGCGUUAUCCGUCAUCCAGGAGUAUUCACUACCGGCCUUGCUAUGGUCGGUGCCAUAUGUGAUUUUUGCGAAGCAUGGAUCUGUCAUGGUAGAAAAUGUCUUCAAGCCCAUGCAUGUAGCUGUCCUCUACAAGAUGCUGUUUGUAUUGAAUGCGAAAGAGGAGUUUGGGAUCAUGGUGGCAGACUCUUUAAAUGCUCGUUUUGUGAUGGGUUCCUAUGUGAAGAUGAUCAGUUUGAACACCAAGCUUCAUGCCAAGUAUUGGAGUCAGAAAAUUAUAAAUGUCAAUCCUGCAACAAAUUAGGACAAUAUUCAUGCUUGAGAUGCAAAACAUGCUAUUGUGAUGAUCAUGUUAAAAGAAAGGGAUUCAAAUAUGAUAAAACCAAAGGAAUUCCUUGUCCAAAAUGUGGAUAUGAAACCUCUCAAACUAAGGAUCUUAGCAUGUCAACUCGAAGUCAUAAGUUUGGAAGGCAAGGUAACACAGGUAUGGAAGAGGAUGAUGAUUAUAAUGGUUCUUAUUCUGGAUACUAUGAAGUUGAUGGUAAUGAUUAUGAAGGAACAUCUUCUGAAUAUGAUACUAGUGAAGAUAAUACAUCAGAUGAGGAAAAAUAAUAUAUUGGAUAUCAGGCUGUUUAUCUCCAGAAUAAUAAUGAAAUCGUAAUUUUAUUUCAUGCAAUUUCUAAUUCAAUAUCAGAAAUUGUUGAGUAUUAUUCAAAUAUAAUAAUUUUUAAAUUCAAA